GGAACUUGCGAAAGCGUCGAUAGGCACUGUUCCUGCGGAGAUAACGUUACACGUAAAACGAUAAAAGUACGGUUAUAAUGGACCCUUCUGAGGUCGAAUUCCUUGCCGAGAAGGAGGUAGUGAAGAUAAUCCCCAAUUUCAGUCUUGACAAAAUCUACUUGAUCGGGGGUGAUCUUGGUCCUUUUAACCCAGGGCUACCUGUCGACGUGCCUGUGUGGCUGGCCCUCAAUCUGAAACAGAGGCAGAAAUGCAGGAUAGUGCCACCAGAGUGGAUGGAUGUAGAGAAACUGGAGGAGAUCAGAGAGCUAGAGAGGAAGGAAGACACAUUCACCCCUGUCCCCAGUCCAUACUACAUGGAGCUGACCAAGCUGCUACUCAACCAUGCAUCUGAUAACAUUCCCAAAGCGGAUGAGAUCCGUACACUGGUGAAGGACAUCUGGGACACGCGCAUCGCCAAGCUCCGCCUCUCCGCUGACAGCUUCAUCAGCCAGCAGGAAGCACACGCCAAGCUGGACAACCUAACUCUGAUGGAGAUUAACACGACACGGUCGUUCCUGCUGGACACUCUCAACUGCAUGUAUAAGCUGCGCUCCAACUUGCAGCCCGGCUCCAGUGGGGGCAAAGCCCAGGACCACCAAUGAUCUGUAUUUACGGACCUGCGCCGCAGCCUCUCCUUCUCCUAAGCAAGAUGGAGCAGACUUAGGCCCAGCUUUACUAAGCAUUUGCACCAGCUGCAAAGUAAAAUCAAAUCUGUAAUACGGAGAACGUGGACGGAAUCAUGGAAUCCAGACAUUAAAUCAGAAUUCAACAAAAUUCUAAAAUGCAUUGAACUUAGUAGGGAAUUUUAUUGAACAUUAAUGAGCCCAAGUUUAUCAUAAGGCAUGAACAGAAUGCAUCAGUGAUUUGUAUUUCCUGCUACUUUCUGAAGAGUACAUUUCUGAUGUGGUUUAAUCAUUCUUGUGGACUUUUCUAUUAAAAAAAGUGUAGUUUUUUUGCGUGAAAACCAAAUGGAAAUUUAGAAAAAAAUCUAAUUGACUCACACAAAAAGUAAAACAAAUUUAUAGGGCCCUAAGUCUGGUCCUAGUGAAGACAGAGCUGACCAGCAGAUCUUAUGAAGUGGGAGCACUUAUCUGAAGUUGUCAUGCCCCAACUAUCUGAUUCCUUAGUGCGAUGUGUUCUCUCUUUGGAUUUGUUUCUAGUUGAAGCUUCGGCAGUCCUCUUCAGCAGGUCAUGGACUCCCUGGAGGAAACACUCUGCGUUGGUCUGGCUGAUCCAUGUAUGGUUGGACUUUUCCCCCCCAAAUCUGGGUUGAUGCCUUUUAAAAUAUUAGUAUAAAUGUCGUACUUAAUAGAGGUUGCAGUGAUGGUUUAGCGAUAGAUACCUUGUGUAACAGGUUUCUAGCCUUGUAUGAUCCUGAAUAGACCGGUAAGUCUAGUUUGAGGAAGAAGAACAACAUGAUGUUAUGGAUGGAGGGCUGCAGGCCUACAUUGGGAAAUCAAAGAAGCAACAUGCAAAACAUGUUCUAACAUGUAAUGUUUCAGUAUGUGUAAUUAAAAUAUCUAUAUUUUUGUUUAA